AUGGAUUAAGAAAGAAGACGAAGAUGGAUUCAAACUCAAUAAUAAAAGCUAGAUGAUAUCAGAUCUAGAAAACUUACUCCUACUCAUCAUCUUAGAAUUGAUAAUAUUAGAUUGAGUAAAACUGAAAAGAUGAUCUAAUUAAAAUAACCAUCAAUGUUAAGACAAUAAUCAACUAUGGCUAUUGAUGAAUAUAUUUCAAAAGGAGAUUGUAAACUCAUAUUUUUACAAUAAUAAAAUGAAGACAUUGGAUUUAAAACAUUUACAGAAAUGAUGAAAACUAAUUCAAGUUGGUGGGGUAAAGUUGAUUAACUUAAUCCAAAUGAAUCUACACUUAAAAAUAGAUUAUAAUUCAAUUAAUUAUAAGCUAAUCAAUUUACAAAUUAAUUAAAUAGAAAAUGGACAAGCACAGUAAAUGAAAUUACAGAAUUGAUAAAUAAAUAAUAAGAAAUUUAACAUCUCUAAAAAGUUAAAAAAAUUAAAUUAAAACCAAAACCUAUACAAUAAGUAGAAGAAGAUCAAUAAAAUAAUGAUGAAAAUAAUAAUAAUAAAUAAUUUGAUACUUCCUCAACUAUAAUCAAAGUAUUUUGGUUCAACAUUUAAAUAAAUGAAUGGAAACCAUCUGUUAGAGAAGGAUGUUCUCUCACUUAUAUUCCUUCUUUAAAUAAAGCAUAUAUGUAUGGAGGAAUAGGUAAUGAUUUAUUUAAAAAUGUCAUUGCUUUAAAUACAUAAACAUGGGCAUGGAGAGAUAUAGGAAUUGGUAAAGGAGAAGCACCAAAUGAAGGUAGAUUUGGACACACAGCCACUCUAUAUAAAUCAAAUAUUAUAAUCUAUGGAGGAGAAAAAAAGUUUAAUCAUCUAAUGAAGAUUAGAGAAUGUUAUAAUGAUGUUAGAAUGUUUAAUCCACUAGAAAAAUAGUGGACAUUAAUAAAAACAAGUGGAGAUGUCAUAGAAGGAAGGAGAAAUCAUAUAGCUUAAUGUGUUGGAAAAUAUUUUAUUAUUUUUGGAGGUCUUAAUCCUUAUGGUUAGGUAUUAAAUGAUGUUUGUGGCCUUAAUUUAGAAACUAAUAAAUGGUAUUAUUAUUAAUUAUAGGCUAGGUCAGUAUUACAUUUAGAAAAUCAAUUUCUAGAAGGUGUGUCAGAUGCUGCAUCUGCUGCUUUGUUCAAUGGAGAAGUUAAAAUGGAAAAUCCUUAUUUUAGCUAUGAAUGUAAUAAGAAAAAAGGAAAGUAUUCUACUGUUAAUUAAGAGGGAAUUUAUGUAUUUGGAGGAAGAACACAAAAUGGAGAAGCCUCAAAUGAUUUGAGAGUCAUUUAAUUUGGAAUCAAACCUAUUAAGAUCAUUAAAUUAAAAACAAAAGUACUUGUUUGCCAUCAUUUUAGGGGUAAGUACCAAUUGCUCGAUAUUCUCAUAGUCUUAAUUACUAUUAUAAUUUGAAUGCUUUAAUUGUUUAUGGGGGUAGAAAUGAUUCAAAAGAUGAGAACAUUUUUAAUGAUUUAUAUGUUUUAUAAUUAAUGUAGAUGAAUUGGGUACUUGUUUAAUAAAUUGGAGGUUUUAAAUAUGGUAAAUUCAGUCAUUGUAGUGUUUCAAUUGAUUCUAAAAUCUUGAUUUUUGGAGGCUAUACCAAAAAUGUAUAUGCUAAUGCAGAUAUCCAAUUAAUUGAAUUAGAUUAAUAUAAAGUUUCUAAAAUGAUUAAAGAAAAUAAGAUUAAUAAUUAAUUGACUAUAAAUAAUUAAGAUUUAUUGACUAAUACAAAUUUAAAGGUUUUUAAAACUGAAUUUUACUAAGAAAGUGCUGAUUAAGAAAUAAAUGAGACAAAAAAAUAACUAGAUACAAUGAGAUUAAGUCAAAUGAACUUAAAGUCUUUCAUGCCUUUGCCUACUAAAAGUAGUUCAUAAUUAAUGCAAGAUUAUAAAUUAUUAAGGUUGAAUUCUAAAUUUUCGAAAACAAAUAUCUUUUAAAGUAUAUGA